AGAAUGAUUCAUUGUAUAAUAAUAUAUAAUAACUUUUCGCUUAAUUUCAGUACAAUCUUCAUUACUGUGAAAUGUGAAUCUUCAAUAUUAAUAUUUAAUAUUGAAGAUUCAAAUCAAUGUACCGGUAACCGUCCUCUGCUGCUGACUCUGCUUCUCGUAAUCACCUUCAUCUUCUCCACCACAGAUAUGGCAACUCCAGUCAAUACCAGCACAGCGCAAUCCCACAAAACUCCUACAAAUACAAACUCUCUUCAAUCUCAGUCCCAAAGGACCCAAACCCACUUCCUCAUUCAAACCCAUCUUCUAGUUUCUACUCUUUUGGUCUUUCUGAGUAGCACCUGCCAUGGCAUUGCAGAGGCUGCUCUUGAAAAAGGCCUUUGGAGAAGCUAAGCCAAAGUCUCUGUGCUGCUUUUUCUCUACAGCACCACCUUCAUUGCCAGCUUUUGAUUAUGAGCCAAAGCCUUACAAUGGUCCACGCGCAGAUGAGGUCUUCCAGAAGCGAAAGCAGUUUCUGGGUCCUUCUCUUUUUCACUUUUAUCAGAAGCCACUCAAUAUUGUUGAAGGAAAGAUGCAAUAUUUGUAUGAUGAGAAUGGCAGGCGUUACCUUGAUGCAUUUGCUGGGAUAGUGACGGUUUCUGCUGGACAUUGUCAUCCAGAUGUUUUAAAUGCAAUCUUUGAGCAGAGCAAGCUUCUGCAGCAUGCCACAACUAUAUAUUUACACCAUGCAAUAACUGAUUUUGCAGAGGCAUUGGCUUCAAAAUUUCCUGGAAAUCUAAAGGUAGUGUACUUUGUGAAUUCUGGGUCAGAAGCAAAUGAGUUAGCAAUGCUGAUGGCUCGUCUAUACACUGGUAGUCUGGAAAUGAUUUCUCUGAGAAAUGGAUAUCAUGGAGGAAGUUCUAAUACAAUGAGUUUGACGGCACUCAACACAUGGAAGUAUCCGAUUCCACAGGGUGAAAUUCAUCAUGCUGUGAAUCCAGAUCCAUACCGUGGAGUCUUUGGCUCUGAUGCAAAAAGUUAUGCUAAAGAUGUGCAAGAUCACAUUGAUUUUGGAACUGCAGGAAAAGUGGCUGGAUUUAUAUCUGAAACAAUUCAGGGUGUUGGAGGAGCAGUUGAACUGGCUCCUGGAUACCUAAAAUUGGUAUACGACAUUGUUCGCAAGGCUGGUGGUGUCUGCAUUGCUGAUGAAGUUCAAACUGGAUUUGGCCGCACAGGAACUCAUUAUUGGGGCUUUGAAACACAGGGGGUCAUUCCUGAUAUAGUUACUAUGGCCAAGGGCAUUGGAAAUGGAUUGCCAUUGGGAGCAGUGGUGACAACACCAGAAAUAGCAAGUGUACUAGCCCAGAAGACUCAAUUCAACACUUAUGGUGGAAACCCUGUAUGCUCUGCAGGAGGACUUGCAGUGCUCAGAGUUAUUGAUAAAGAGAAACGUCAAGUUCAUUCUGCAGAUGUUGGCUCUCAUUUGCUUGCUCGGUUGAGAGAUCUUCAGCAAAGAUAUGAAAUCAUUGGAGAUGUGAGAGGCCGGGGCUUAAUGGUUGGGGUAGAACUUGUGACUGACAGGAAUGAGAAGACACCUGCCAAGGCUGAAACUGCUAUGUUGUUUGAGAAACUCAGAGAGCUUGGAGUUCUAGUUGGGAAAGGGGGACUUCAUGGAAAUGUUUUCAGGAUAAAACCACCACUGUGUUUCACCAAAGAUGAUGCAGAUUUUCUUGUCGAUGCUUUGGACUAUUCAAUGUCAAAAUUGUGAGGGUUUAUAGCACAUCUAAGGGAGUGGGACAGAUUGUUAUAGCAGAAGUGUCUUUGGUUGACCUAUGUAGUACAUUUCACUCUUUGACAUCAAGAUGUAUUACCUUAAAAAUAAUAAUAAAACAAUUUUAUCUCUAAUUAA